AUGAGAAUUCUGAUAUUCUUUUGGGCUGUAGCUACAUGCACUGCUUGUGCUUCCACUAUAGGACCGCCAGGUAUUGUUCCAAGGCUGCUUACUCCAGAUGUUCCAAAAGCCCAGCCUACAAUUCCAGGAUAUGGUAUUGGUGACGACGUCGACGAGGACACUGAGGACAGUGAAGCUGGUGGGGUACAAUGGGAAUGUGGUACCGAAAGUCUAACAAAACUAAUCAGCGAGGCAACUGUCGACAGGGACUGUCCACAGCUGAAAAGUCUGUUAAUACUCUCGUAA